AUGGUUCAGUUGGGCGAGCUCCUCGGCCAAAUACCGCUAAUAACUCGCUUAUACCUCAUCCUGUCCUCCAUUCUUAUGGUCCUAUGCUCCCUGGACAUCAUAUCUCCCUUGAGCUUAUACCUAAAUUGGAACCUAGUCCUAACUGAGCAUCAGUACUGGAGACUCAUCACGUGCUUCUUGUACUUCGGGUCAUUCGGGAUUCAUUUUUUUUGGGAUGCCUACGUUUUAAUAUACUACUGCAGUUCACUGGAAGAUGUUACCUUUAGAAAUAACUCGGCCGACUUCCUCUGGAUGAUUAUUGUAUCCUGCAUGAUGCUGCUGGUCGUUUCGUACAUUUUCGGAGGGGUGUACUUUUACAGCAGCUGCAUAAUAAAUGUGAUCACCUAUGUGUGGAGCAAGAACAAUUCCUCGGCGCGCCUGACCAUUUUUUUUUUCACCAUAAAGGCGUCCUACCUGCCGUGGGUGCUAACCGUUCUCUCCCUAAUUGUCGAUUACAACUCGAAUGAUAACUUUUUUGGUAUUUUAGUUGGACAUAUCUACUUCUUCUUCACGAACGUAUUCCCCCUCAUGCCCGUCGCCAAGAACACGCAAAUUUUUAAAACCCCCCAAAUUUUGUAA